AACGAUAGUUUGCUAGUGAUGAAUGAAUUUUGCAGUUGUGGGGCUAUAGGGGGAGACGAAUUGCAUUAGGGGUUUCUCUUUCAGUCUUGUUGGUGCAAGGCCUUGAUUGCUCUGCCGUGCCGUUGCUGUGCUGUGCCAGCCUCUCCGAUCGCCAUGGCUCGUGGUUUGAAGAAGCAUCUGAAGAGGCUCAAUGCGCCCAAGCAUUGGAUGCUUGACAAGUUGGGUGGUGCCUUCGCCCCCAAGCCCUCUCCUGGACCCCACAAGGAGCGGGAAUGUCUGCCAUUGGUGGUUAUGUUGAGGAACAGGCUGAAGUAUGCAUUGACCUACCGAGAAGUAGUAGCCAUUGUCAUGCAGCGCCUCAUCUCUAUUGAUGGCAAGGUCCGCACUGACAAAUGCUACCCUGCAGGUUUCAUGGAUGUCAUCUCUAUUGCCAAGACCAACGAGAAUUUCCGUCUGUUGUAUGAUAAUAAGGGUCGUUUUACCCUUCACCACAUCAGUGCUGAAGAAGCCAAGUACAAGCUUUGCAAAGUGAGGGCUGCUCAGUUCGGAGACAAGGGUGUUCCCCAUGUCACCACCUUCGAUGGUCGCACCAUCAGGUACCCAGACCCUCUCAUCAAGGCUAACGACACAGUGAAGAUCAACCUUGAGACAGGAAAGGUUGUUGAGUUCAUUAAGUUCGACAUUGGUAAUAUUGUGAUGGUUACCGGUGGGCGAAACAGAGGGCGUAUUGGUGUCAUCCAUCAUCGUGAGAAGCACAAAGGUAGUUUCGACAUCAUUCAUGUGACAGAUGCCAUAGGAAACCAGUUUGCCACACGGAUGGGUAAUGUGUUCACCAUUGGACAGGGCACAAAGCCUUGGAUCACUCUUCCCCGUGGAAAGGGUAUCAAGCUCAGCAUUGUGGAGGAGGCCAAGAAGCGCAAGGCUACCGAAAAGCAAGCUGCUUAGAUUGUAUCAGUUGGCUUUUCUUGCAAUUUUGGUAAUUGCUUGUGUAGGUCGCUUUCUUUAUGCCUUGGAAGAAGUAAAAAAUUUAUGCUUUUUAUUUAUAAUUCAA